CGACCCCGCCCUCCCAGGCCCCGGCCCCGGUCCUUCGCGGGCCGCCCUCGGCCGCCAUGGGCUCGGAGAUGGAGCCGCUGCUCCUGGCCUGGAGCUAUUUUAGGCGCAGGAAGUUCCAGCUCUGCGCCGAUCUGUGCACGCAGAUGCUGGAGAAGUCCCCUUAUGACCAGGAACCAGAUCCUGAAUUGCCAGUGACUCAGGCAGCUUGGAUUUUGAAGGCACGGGCACUCACUGAAAUGGUAUAUGUAGAUGAAAUUGACGUAGAUCAGGAAGGAAUUGCAGAAAUGAUGCUGGAUGAAAAUGCUAUUGCUCAAGUUCCACGCCCGGGAACAUCCUUGAAACUGCCUGGAACUAAUCAGACAGGAGGGCCUAGUCCAGCCAUCAGGCCAAUCACUCAAGCUGGAAGGCCCAUUACAGGUUUCCUUAGACCCAGCACACAGAGCGGAAGGCCUGGCACUAUGGAACAGGCCAUCAGAACACCCAGAACUGCCUACACAGCUCGCCCAGUCACCAGCACAACUGGAAGAUUUGUCAGGCUGGGAACGGCUUCCAUGCUUACAAGUCCUGAUGGACCUUUUAUAAAUUUAUCUAGACUGAAUUUAACAAAAUAUGCCCAGAAACCUAAAUUGGCAAAGGCUUUGUUUGAAUAUAUCUUUCAUCAUGAAAAUGAUGUUAAGACUGCUUUGGACUUGGCUGCCCUCUCCACAGAGUACUCUCAGUACAAGGACUGGUGGUGGAAAGUGCAGAUUGGAAAGUGUUACUACAGGUUAGGAAUGUAUCGUGAAGCAGAAAAACAGUUUAAAUCAGCCCUGAAGCAGCAGGAAAUGGUAGAUACAUUUCUCUACUUGGCAAAAGUUUACGUCUCAUUGGAUCAGCCAGUGACGGCUUUAAAUCUUUUCAAACAAGGCUUAGAUAAGUUUCCAGGAGAAGUAACCCUACUUUGUGGAAUUGCCAGGAUCUAUGAGGAAAUGAACAAUAUUUCAUCAGCAGCUGAAUACUACAAAGAAGUUUUGAAACAGGACAAUACUCAUGUGGAAGCCAUUGCAUGCAUUGGAAGCAACCACUUUUAUUCUGAUCAACCAGAAAUAGCUCUCCGGUUUUACAGGCGGCUCCUGCAGAUGGGUGUCUAUAACUGCCAGCUUUUUAACAAUCUGGGACUCUGCUGCUUCUAUGCCCAGCAGUAUGAUAUGACUCUGACCUCAUUUGAACGUGCCCUUGCUCUGGCUGAAAACGAAGAAGAGGCAGCUGAUGUCUGGUACAACUUGGGACACGUGGCUGUGGGCAUCGGAGAUACGAAUUUGGCCCAUCAGUGCUUCAGGCUCGCUCUGGUCAACAACAAUAACCACGCCGAGGCCUACAACAACCUGGCCGUGCUGGAGAUGCGGAAGGGCCAUGUGGAGCAGGCAAGAGCACUGUUACAAACUGCCUCAUCCUUAGCACCCCAUAUGUACGAGCCACAUUUUAAUUUUGCAACGGUCUCUGAUAAGAUUGGAGAUCUCCAGAGAAGCUAUGUUGCUGCUCAGAAAUCUGAAGCAGCAUUUCCAGAUCAUGUGGAUACCCAACAUUUAAUUAAACAGUUAAAGCAGCAUUUUGCUACGCUCUGAUUGUCCCUGAGACCAAGCAUAUUCUUACGAUGGGGCAUUGCACAAGGGAAAAAGUAGUGUGCUUGUAUGUAUAGGAAUUACACGCCAGGCUCGAUAUUAGUGAAGAUGGCAUAAGGGAGUUUGCACAAGAAUGCAUGAUGAACACUUUAUAAUAACAACUUCCUAAGACAGGAUGUGCUAUGUGUAAGUAGAUCGUGAAAACUUCCCCCACAUUAUAUGCUACAUGUUUGUUUACAAUGUUUCUGAAACAUUUUCAUGAAUUUCCUCAAAUGUUUAUUAAUGCACAUCUUUAACGUCCCUGACUGGGCCAUGAGCUAGCAUGUAGCUUCAGAGGUCCGAAACCUGCCAUAAAAAUUCCACUUUUAUGGCUGAAAAUGUGUAUAUAUAUUCCAGUUAGAGAGUUUACUUAGAGCUUAAAAUUGUAUUUAAAACUCUUUAUCAAAUGCUUUGUAAGACACUAUACAUUUUAUGUAUUAUGCUUUAAAAUAAAUCAGCGUGUAAAACACCA